UUGUGUCAAUGGCUACGGAGAAAUGUGUAUCUGAUGCUUAGUUGGCAGAUAAAGAUGAAUUUGUUUAUGUUGUUCUUUCUGUGAUUUCAUGCAUGAAACAUUUUUUUAAUUGGACUUGAAAUGUCGCAUUUACAUUGGUCGGGGUGAGAAUGAAAGUUGCAGGCAUCCAACUAACAUGUGGUGCACUAUACGGUGCGGUUUUAAGUUGAUGAAGUAAUUCAAUCGCGUGUGACAGGUGUUGUGUUUCCGAUUUGCCCGUUGUUUAGAUACUAUGAGUGAUAAAAAUCAUCAUCUGCUACUGGUUCAUUAGGUGCUUCCUGUUCACAUUCGCUUCACAAUCCAAUCAAUUUAUCGGCACUGAGUUGUUACACUUCUAAAAUAAACCGAUAAAAUUCAUCCCCCUGAGUAGGAAAAUAUGUCCGACGAUAAGAGCGAUUCUUCCGCCGUGGCAUCAAGCGACGGUCUACUUCCUCGAUCGAUAUCGAGGCCACAAGAAUCUUCGUCAUCGCGAUCACAACAAUCGGGGCCACGUCUUAAAAAUUACGGAUCAAUCGUUUCAACGCCAUCAGCAUCAUCAAGUACAAGUCCAUCGUCAACAGAUCCAGGUUCCGGUGAUAUACAUCAAAGAGAAGGUGACGAACAACAGGAUCCCGACGAAACAACACCACUUCGAUCUUCCCUGCCACCUUCUGCAUCGUCAUCAGGAUCUUCAACACCCGAGGAUAUGAAGUCAACCUUAUCCUUCUUUCAGAAAUUCGGCUUCGGUUUGGGCCAUGUCUACAAUGAUCUCUGUGCCGGUGUUUGGUUCAGUUAUACCUUGCUAUUUAUGCAAUCCGUUCGAGGUUUACCGGCCGUUGAAACUGGUGCACUCAUAAUGUUAGGUCAAGUCUGUGAUGCAAUUGCGACACCGAUCGUUGGUGUUUUGGCUGAUCGUUACAUGACAAAGAGGAAGUGGCAUAUUGCUGGUACCGGCCUGGUAUUCCUUUCGUUUCCAAUGAUCUUUUCGAUUUGCCCUUGGUGCUCAAAUAGUGGCCACUGGUGGCCCCCCGUCUACUUUUCAGUAUUCAUUGUAAUCUUCCAAGCAGCCUGGGCUAUAGUACAAAUAUCGCACUUCGCUAUGAUUCCUGAACUAUCCAAAACGACCAAGGAUCGAGCCGACCUAACUGCCACCCGGUAUUCAGCGUCUGUUAUUGCGAAUCUGGUGGUAUUCCUGAUAACGUGGUUUGUUCUAAACGGUCGUACUACAGACAGUAAUAACAUUGGACCUACCGAUGAACGUCGAUUUCGUGAUAUCGCGUUAAUACUGACCCUCGUUGGGGUGACUAUGUCAGUAUUAUUCCAUUUUUCGCUAGCAUUGAGCGACUAUGAACACCGGAGACUCAUGGCGCUGCUAGCAAUGCGAGGUGACGAGACCGAGAGUAGGAGUCGCCGGAGCAGCGUGCGUGGUAGAGGAAGCAAUCUGUCCCAAGAACAUGAUGAAAGUCGAUACCAUGCUUUAGACGAAGGCCAAGGAUCGCCGUCCAACGACACCGAGGAUCUCUUACGGGAAAUCGAGGGAGACCAGGUAUCCACUACAAAUAGCAUUAACAGAGCCCUGAACAAUCACACAGGGCCGGAACGGAAAAGACGAACUCGAAAUUUUCUGAAAUCUCCGUUGUUGUAUCAAAACGCUCUUCUAUAUGUCUUCGCCAGACUAUUCAUGACGACUUCCCUACUUUAUAUGCCACUAUGGCUGGACGAACGGUCAUAUAAGAUGCCAGCAGCAGUUAGUGAAGCUGCAGCAGGCGUUGAAACUUUGGCUACAGUUCCCCUUGUGUCAUUUUUGUCAUCUUUUGUAUCGUCUAUGAUGCUCAAACAAGCAAACAAAUGGAUACCGCAUGGACUGGCUUAUCUUCUUGGAUCAGGAGUUUCAAUAGCAGUAUGCGCCUGGGUUGCAUUCGCAUCGCCGAAAAGUAUGCAAUCAAUACAAUUGUAUGUCAUUGCGAUGCUAUUUGGAUCAGGAAGCUCAGUGACAAUGGUGAGCAGUUUAUGUAUCACAGCAGAUAUGAUUGGAAAACAUACUUAUCAAGGUGGAUUCAUAUAUUCAGCGGUUACAUUUGCUGAUAAAUUAAUUACUGGAAUAGUGGUUGCAAUUAUUGAAGCCAUGAAAUGUAAACAACGCUCCGAUUGUCCAACUUAUUAUCAAAAUGUUCUCGCAUGCGGAUGUGGUUUGGCGGCCAUAUUAGGAAUUUUAACACUUUGGACGCUUCGAUGCACUGCACGUUUUACACGAAGACGACGAUUAUUGCGAAAUGAAUCAACGAUUUAAAUUAAAAAAAAGACGAUCUAAUGUGAUAAAAAAUAUCCCUUUUUCCUGUCCUAUUUUUUUCUCAAUUUUAGUGUUUUUUUUUAUAUUUUUUUCUAAUUUUAAAAAACAGAAAUGCAUAGACUUAGGACAAUAACGCAAGUCGAAGCUUAAUAAGGGUUGCAGCUCGGUCUAUAAAAUCUUAUUUUCUCGAAUAUUGAAAAUCGCGUUAUAAGGCAACGAAUGUGUUCCUCAGUUCUCCGAAAAGACGGAGGUUGGAUUGUUCUACGUCGAAACAUAGCUGUGACAUGGAAUCUCUCAUCAUAUUUAUUACAAUUUCAACCUAACUUUCAUCCUGUUUAGUAUUGUUUAAGGAGUCCUACCAGUAUUUCCGUUGAUUUUAUAGCAAACGUUUGAAAAGUUGAAAUUUACCCUCCCCCCUUAUCGUUCUUGUCGCAAUUUUUCUUUAUUUUUUUUGUUGUUAUUUUAAUGAUCAUAAAUAAGUAUUAUCCUGCCUUAAACGGCGCUUCUAAAAAUUACUCCUGUUCACAUGUGUGAUGACACGACAAAUGCGGUUUUGGUGAUUUACUACAUGGUUCAGUUAUAUAUGUAAAUGGAUGCAGCUGCAAAGGAGUCUAUUUAUGGAAAGUCACGCCUUUGUCGUCAUAUAAGUGAGGGACGCUCGCCAUGGCUAAUGUCCGGGUCCAUAGGAUAUGGAAACAAAUUGAAAAUGUUUUUACUUUUUUUUUUAAUGAAGCAUUUUAUUAAAUAAAACAUUUUAUAUGAUUAUAAGGAA